AUGUUGCUGAGCUUAAUUCUCUACUUGCAGGCUUUGAGGUGGUUUGCACCUGCUGCACUCCUCCUUGGAUCUUCUCCGGCAUUCUUUUCUGUAUGGGCAUCAUGGCGCCUUCUGUCGUCUGUAAUGCCAAGGCGUGUUUUUCGAGCCGGUGAUGACACUAUGUAUUCGACUUAUCAACGAUUUGUUUUGUUUUUCUUUGAGCACUAUGCUGGAAUACAGAUUUAUUUAUAUGGAGAUGUUGAUAAAAUUUUAGAAAAGAAAGAGAAAGUAUUCUACAUAUCUAACCAUCAAUGUACAGUUGAUUGGGUUGUGAGUAAUAUGCUAGCUAUAAGACAAGGUAGUUUGGGCCAUGUCAGAUAUAUUUUGAAAGAUGGCUUAAAAUACUUUCCUUUAUAUGGUUUUUACUUUGCACAGCAUGGUUGUGUUUAUGUUAAAAGAAGUGGAAAGUUUGAAGAAAGUAGAACGUCUAAGAAGUUAAUACAAUUAGCUAAGGAUAAUGUAAAUACAUGGAUGGUUGUUUUCCCUGAGGGAACAAGAUACAAUCCAGAACUUCCAGACAUGAUCAGUAAGAGUCAAAACUUUGCUAAAGAAGAAGGUUUUGAAGUAUUAAAUAAUGUGUUAGCACCAAGACAUAAAGCUGUAUAUAUAGGAUUAAGUCAUCUGAGAGAAUCAUUAGAUGCUGUAUAUGAUAUUACCAUAGGAUAUAAUCAUACCAUGAAUAAAGAUGGGGAGAGACUUCCUGCUCCUAGUAUGCCAGAUUUUCUCAGUGGUCAGACAUCAGAAAUUCAUAUACAUAUAAAACGUUAUGAUAUAGAAGAUGUACCAGAAGAUAUUAAUGGAUUAAGACUGUGGUUACAUCAACGUUUUGUUGAAAAAGAGAAAUUGAUGACAUACUUUUAUAAGAACAAAGAAAACCCAGAGACUUUUCCUGGUGUUGGCGUUUUAUCAGAGACAUCAUUUUUAUCAACCAUUCCCUCACUGUUUUUAUGUACAGGAAUGGUUGUUGCUGCAUUAGCCACAGAAAAAGGCAGAUCCUGUUAUUGGAAAUUAGGCCUUUUCUAUACCCUCUCUUUAAAUGCUUGGAUGAGGUUUCGAUAUUGAACCUGCUAAACCACCAAACGCUUAUAUCACAUGCUUUGAGUAGGACAUAAUCUUUGUCCAAAAAACUUGCGAAUCAAAAUGUUUAUGAUGAAGGUGUAGUAAGCUAUGCAUGUUUGUUUAUGAUGGAGUGCUCUAUUAAAUUACUUAAGUCAGUCAACUAAGUUUUAUAUCAGUAAUGGCUUUGAUUGAAAAAUUAUCUUAUUUAAUAGGAAAAAUUAGUCUAUAUGAAUAUCUAUGCAUUUACAGAUGACAAAAGUACACACACAAUGAACCCGUAUCUCAAUAACCACGUAUUCAAAGCUAAACAUAAUGUGACGGGCAACAUAAAACCACCCUUAGUUAAGGAAAUGAACUAUUCCAAUCAUAUAUGUACACCUUCUGACUUUUAGAGAGUAUGCUUGUGAGGAAGAGUUCAAUAGAGAAAUAAGGGAUGUCAAGGCAAAUGACUGGUUCAUGAUUUUUUUGUAGAUGACAUUUUAUAUGUAUAGUUUGGUUUUGCAGUAACUUUAGACAGUUUAACCAUGUACUAAGAAAUUGAUGUGAACUUGAAAUGCUUGUUAUUGUAUGAUUUGAUACUGAGUUGUUAUGAAUCUUUUAUAAAUUAAUGUAGAUAAUAAUAUAUAUCUAGUUGUUGAUUUAUUUGAGAGUACUUGAAUAAAUGUUUAUACAAAAAGU